CCCCUUAGUAAGUAGAGAUAGAUAUAAAAGUUUAUUUGAUUUGGUAACUAGUAUUAAUGAUAAUAAAUUUAAAUGAAGUGUAAAGUGUGCGUUUAGGUGUGUUUGUAUGUGAUGAUAUGAUCCUAAUGUAUGGUAUAUUCUGUUUGUGAAAUGAAAUUGGUUCAAUUAUGUACAUUUCCUUGAUUUGGAAAUGUCUACAUCUUAUUGUACUACAAUAUAUACAAACACACAUACAUACAAUACACAGAAGCACAGAUGAAUAGAACAAAUAGAUUAACAUACACACAUUUCAUUCAAACUCCUACUUAUCUAAGUAACAAAUAGACGAUCAUAAAUGAAAUAAUACACAUUGCCUGUACAAUUUAUUUCAUCUAUAAAGUUGUUGUUGGCACAUUUUUAAGCAUAAAUAUCCAAAUUAUUUUAUGAUUAUCUUAAAAUUAGAAAAAAACCAAUCCAACUUUAGAGGUUUUAAAAAAUUUUGUAUACACAAUCCUAUUCACCACCCCCAUAAGCAAAUUCAAAAUUCAUAUAUACGGAUACACAAACAAGAGAUAACAACUAACGCACAGAAGUAACAUACAUGUGUUUAGGCAACAAAUAAUAAUACUUAUAAUCAUUCCAUUAUUUCUUACGAUCAUGUUGUGUGUAUGUAUGUAUGUAUGUAUAUGUGUGUAUUGUUUGUGCAUUUAUCCAUUAAUAAAACUGCUUUAGAUAAAAAAAAACUUUUGAAAUUUAUUUAUUAAAAGCUAACCAACCAGACAAUGUAUCCAUUUAUAUACAUAUAUAUAUAUGAUAAAAGGAGUUCUGCUUCCAAUUAAUCCACAAAAUCUCUUCUUCUUCUUCUUUAAAUGCGUGUGUGUGGAUCUCAACAGAACGAACAUUAUCAUUACAAUCAUUAUUACAAAUAAUCAUCUUCAAUAUAAAUAGUUGACUUAUAUUACAUCAUUACAAUAAAUACAUUUAUUAUCUUUGUAUUUUAAUGACUGAUAAUAAACGUGAUUGUAUCAUGGAGACAAUAAAAUGUGGACAUGAUUACACAACAACUUCAAUACAUCAUCAUGGAACAAAUAUGAAGUAAGUUAGUGAAUUCUACAUAUAUGUAUAUUUUUUUCUUCAAAAGUUAAGUUCUGUAGAAUUGUGUAGUUUUUGUCAUUGAAUAAUAUUAUUAGUUGGUGUAGGCAUAGGUAGGAGGAAAGCUAGGAGUGGUCAGAUCAAAACGUGGCACAAAACACGUAUGAUUAUUUUCACUAGUUGUGAAUGAGUGUCUACUUCGUUACAUUGCAAUUGGUAUCCGAGAUGUAACGUUUAGUAUGAACGGCUAGUGAAGGGCGAAUUGCUGAAGUUCUCGCCUUCGGUCGAGACUCAGUCACUUUUCUCAAAUAGAUCUACCUAUCAAUUCACUACAGUUUGGAAAAUAAUCCUAUGCAAACUUUUGAAAAUACUACUUCACCUUAUUUUCCUCAUUCAAAGCCAAUAGAUCGAUUGAUGGUUAAUACAUCCGGUAUAUAUGUGAAUAAAACUCAUUAUAAUGAAAAUACAUCAGGUAUUUUGACGAAUGUGGAAAAUUCUCAACAUGCAGACAGUGCAAUACAUACCUUGGUUAAUAAUAGUAAUAAUACUACUAGUACUCCUGGUGUGAACACGACAAAUACUGGAAAUGAUGAUGCAGAUGUAACAAUGUGUAUAUGUCCAGUUUGUGGUUUCUCUGCAUCAUCUCCACGUAGACAAGAUGAACAUAUGGAAUUAGUACAUGGUGAUGUAACAGUAUCUAAUAUUUUGACAACCGGUAAUUUAACAUCAAUCACAUCACCAACAUCAACAAUGAUAACAAUGAAUCAAGAGAAUUCUGAUAGUCCUAAAUCAUCUAUAAAAUCUAUGAAAUUAGAUUGGCCUAUAGAAAUGAAUAAUUCAACAUCUUUUGAUUUUUUUCAAUUACAUCAACCAUCAAUGAAUUUACAACAAUCAAAUUAUCAUUCCUAUAAUUCUUUUACAUUACAAGCAUCAUCUACACCACAACGUGUAAAAUUUUGGUCAACAGAACCGGAACAAAUGAAUUCAUCAUUAACAACAACAACGGCAACUGAAAAAAUGCUUAAAAAUCAAAAGUUAGAUAUUGUAUAUAGUAAAAAUCACAACAACUGUUGCCUUACUACUAUUGCUACCACUAGUACUACUAAUACUAAUAGUAUGGGAGGGAGUAUUGAUAAAUUUAAAGUAAUCUCCACGAUUACUGGUAUUAAUCCUGGUACUACAAGCACAACUCAUACUACUGCGACGAUAACAACGACUUGUUCAAACAGUUCAUCGACUUCAUCUUCAUCAUCUACAACAGAGAUCCAUUCAAAAUUCAAAGCUUCAAAGAUAACAAAUAAUAAUAAUGAGAUGAAAAAAUCUGAGAAAUCUCGAUCAUAUUCAUUAUCCUUAAAAAAUGGUAGAUCUAAGGAGAAACAAAAAUGUUUUUCAUUAUCAUCAUCGUCGACAUUAUCCCUAUCGACAUCCUCAUCACCAUCUUCAUUGUUAUCAAUAACAACAUCUCCAACAUCUAUUACAGCAAUUACAACCACAACGGGAACAGGAACUGCGAUUAAAGCAAUCACACUUGGAGAUGAUGAUGACGAUAAUCAUCAUCAACCGGUUGUGAAAAAAGUCGAUUCAAGAAGACGUUAUAGAUGUAACAUUUGUCCAACAACAUUUCCAUGGCAUGGUGAUCUAACAGAACAUUUACGCUCUGUACAUGGAAUGCAAAAAUCACGUGAAAAUGCACGUAAUGGUAAAGCUGGAAGUUUUUGUUGUAGUCAUUGUAAAUAUGUAGCAAAAUAUCAAAGUGAAUUAAAUCGUCAUAUGCGAUUACAUUGGGGUGUUAAACCAUUCAUAUGUGUUUUUUGUCCAUAUCGUAGUGCAUGGAAAGGUGAUUUAAAACGUCAUAUGGAAUCACAUCAUAGAGAACGUUUUACAUGUGAAACAGAAUUAAUUAAAAUUAUGUCACAAUUUAAAAAUAAUGCUGGUACAAGAACAUCAGCAGUGGCAGCAGCAGCGGCUGCAUCAUCAUUAACUAGUAGUUGUGGACAAACUAUUUUACAAUUUGAUAUAACAACAGAAAGUAGUGAAGGGGAUAAUACAAGUGAUCGAUAUAAUUGUUUACACAUUGAUGAUGAAGAAGAAGAAAAUAUUAUGAUUACUACUACUACUACUACUACCACUGCCACUGCCACUGCCACUACUACUACUACUACCGCUAAUAAUAAUAGUAAUAGCAGUAAUAAUAGUUUCAGUAUCGAUGUUGAAAAUUCAGAUCAUAGUUCCAAUGAAGGUGAUGAUAAACUUAAUUCAAUUCUUAAAUCAUAUUCACGUAAACAUUCAUUAAAAUCUAAUUAUUCAAUGAAUAGUAUGGAUCCUAUCAAUAAUAUCACUACUCAUACUACUAAUAAUAUGAAUAGUAGUACUAUAAAUCAUACUAAUACCUUAUCUACAACUAUGAUGCCUAAUUAUCUAUCACCAAUGUCAACCAUUGAUAAUAAUAAUAAUAAUCUAAUCUGUAAUAUAUGUUCAUAUCAUGCACAAAAUCAAAGUAAAUUUAAAAAUCAUAUGGCUAGUCAUAUCAAUUUAAAACAAUUUAAAUGUCCAAUAUGUGGACAACGUAGUAAUUAUAAAUGGGAUAUUACUAAACAUUUAAAAAAACAACAUCCAAAUAGUGGUAAUCAAUUACCAAUAACAAUAAUCAAUAAUGAUAUUGGAACAAUAAAUGAACAAUAUAUGAAUACAUCUAUUGAAUCAAUGCCAAUCUCUUUAACAAUGUAUUCAUCAUCAACAUUGUCGUCAUCAACAUCAUCUUUACCUAUAACUUCAUUCAUCAAUUCUCAAUCAUGUUCUUCAAAUAUACAAUCAUGUAUUUUACCAACUCAAUCAUCAAUUGUUUCAAUGAUUCCAUUAACACAACAAUUAACAGUAUUCACUCAACCACAGAUUACAACAACAAUGAUGACAUCAUCAACAUCAUUAACAUCAUCAUCACAUUUAUCAUGCUUAUCUGGAAUUUCAUUAAAAUUACCAGAAAUUCAAAUGACUUCAAAUGAUCCUUUAAAUUUAAUUGCAUAUUCAUCUAUAAAACAAUCUUCGUCGUCGUCGUUGUCGUCAUCAUCAUCAACAUCACCGUCUAAGAAUUCUUCAAUGAUACAAAAUGAUGAUAAUAUAUUAUUAGUGAAUGAUUCAUUACCAAUUGAUCUUUCAAUUGGAUAUUCUCAUAAACAAGAUGAAAUCAAGAACCCUAUAUUACUUACAAACACAUGUUCAUCCUCGUCAACAUUAUCAUCGGAAUUAAUGCCAAAAAUUUCAUUCGGAAACAAUUAUCAUUAUGCCUAUCCGAAUUUUUCUACAGAAUUAAGCAAUAGUAUUUAUUCAAUAACGAAAUGUUUUACCCCCACCACCACCACAACAACAACAACAAAAACCAUAACAUCUAGUAUUACGACUGACAAUACAUUGUCGGAUACAAGAUUUCAUUAUCCUAUUUUAUCUAAUUCACAACAGAAUAUUACACAUAGUAUUACUACUAAUACAACUAAUGAUAAUAAUACAUCAAUGAUAUCACCGUAUACAAUUGGUUCAUUAAUUUCUGACCCACUGAAAAAUAAUUCAUCAAAUCCAACAAUUAAUUUACUAUUCAAUAUUCAACAACAGGUUUUAAUGACUGGCCUCCUGCAAACAUGGCAACAACAACAACACAGUCAAAGGUAUCACGAAUUAAAGCAACAACAGUCAGAACAAAACAAGGAUUCACCUAUACCUUAUGGAAGAGUAACAACGUAUCCUGAUGAUAUUAUCAACAUGACAUCACCUAUAACAGCCACGAUACCGAUAAACCUUUCGCCUAGUAAUAAUAAUAAUAAUGUAACACAAAUUACUAGGACGAUAACUGCUUCGAUUACAACAGUUACUGGUACUACGACUACUACUACUGUUACUAGUACUACUAGUACUAAUACACCAUAUCAUACAAUGUUUAGAUCAAUUGCAAAUCAUCAAUUACCCGGAUUAAUACCAUCAUCGAUUACAACAACAGUUCAAUCACAAAUUAAUGAAAAUUUAAGUAUUGAUUUUACUAAAUAUAAUAAAUUAAGAAAUAGUCAUUUAUCAAUGAAUUUGGAAAAUAUGAAUUCCCCAUCAGAUUGGUCAGUACCAUCGAGUAUCGAUUCAUUGGAGUUAUCAAAUAGUUUACAAAUUCAAAAUCAACCAAGACAUCAGUUACAAGUUAAUCGAUUUUUUACACCAGGUAGAAGAAAAGAAUCUCAUCGUUUAUUAACUAAAACCAAUACAGGACGUAAAUCUGCACCAGUCAAUAGUUUAUUUAAUAGUCAGUUAGAUGUAAUUAAUCCUACUUGUACCGGUACUAAUAUAAGUAAUAAUAAUAGUACUACUAACAGUAAUAUUAACAACAAAGAAGAACAAUGGAAACGAUUUCAAUGUUCAGGUUGUGGUCAUCGAUCAAAUUGGAAAUGGGAUAUAAAUAAACAUAUUAAAGUUGCACAUCCAGAACGUACAAACAUUAUAACAAUUACAUUAGAUUUAGAAGAUGCUAAAAGCACUUAUAAUGAAUAUAUGAAUCGAAUGAAAUUAUCACGUAAUCGAUAUUUAACUGAAACAAAUUCAGAUAUAUCAACAAAUUCCAGUUCAUGGAUAACUUGUGUUGGAUUGACUGCAACUACUAGUACUACUACUACUAAUUGUACUGCUAAUAUCACGAUUACAACGACUACUGGUGAAGGUUAUUACAGACCAUUUAAAUGUUCUGUUUGUGGUCAUAGAAGUAAUUGGAAAUGGGAUGUUGGCAAACAUAUAAAACAAAUUCACAAUGGAAAUGGUGAAGUACAAACAUUAAGUUUAGAAGAAGCUAGACGAACUAUACAUCAAUAUAAAAAUCGAAGACGUCAACAUAAUAAUCAUCAUCAUCGUUUUACUGAUUUACCAAUUAAAUGUGAACAAAGUAUUUGUAGUUCAUCUGAAUCAAAUGUUAAUCUAUCACCUGUAUUAUUAUCAGUUGGUGAAGGUAUUAUCGAUUUGCCUGUUUCAUCGUCAUCCUCCUCUUCCUCCUCCUUGUCAUCAACAUCAUCAUCUUCCUCAACAUCUAAACAAUUUUCGCAUAAAAUUGAUGAUAAAGUAAACAUUGAUUAUACUAUGAAUAAUCAUUUUCAAGACAAUAAAUUUCCCUUAUCUUUUGAAUGUAGUCCACUUAAUUUAGCUACUAACAGUUCAAUGAUGUCAGUAAAUCUUUCAAAAAGCCCUCUGAAAAUCAAUAAACCAAAAUCAUCUUGUCUUCUAAGAAGAAAUAGACUACUCAUAAAAUUCGGAUGUAAAUUUUGUUCAGUUAAAUUAAAUUCAUGGAAGUCUAUCAUAUUUCAUAUCUAUAUGAAACAUUAUCAACAAUUAAUGGUUCCAUUGACGACUUGUAUUAGUAAUACUACUACUACUACUACUACUACUACUAAUAAUAAUAAUAAUAAUAAUAAUAAUAAUAGUAAUAAUAAUAAUAAUAGUGAUUAUCCCUUCAAACAUUUUCCUGUACAACUACAAUUUGUCAAUGAAUACUCCAAUCAUAAUCAACUUUAUUCAAGACCCGUGAAAAUUUUAAAAUCAAAAUGUCCAAAUAAGUAUAAUAAUCAAUAUUCAAAAGAAAAUAAUGAUAAUAUAAUAUCAAAUCCAUCAUUAUUAAUCAAUAAUAAAUCGAUAAAAUUGAAAAAAAUCCAAAAAUUUUUUAUUGAUCAUCAUUUAUUAAAAUCGAAUAAAAUUUUUAACAAAAAAUAUCAAUAUUUUACAAAACAACAAUAUAAAUAUCAAAUCAAUAAUCAUUCUAAUCAAUUAUCCCAUAUGACACAAUUAAAAUCGAAUCAUUCUUAUUUAUUAUUAUCAUCAUCACCAAAAACAAUCAAUCAUACCAAUCCACCUCCUUCUUCUUCUCCUCAGCAUCCUCCUCCUCCUCCUCCUCAUCGUCAUCAUCGACCAUUUGGUAAUUCAAUUAGUUCCAAUCAGCAAAUCAGUCAUACUAAUAAAUUACUAUCCAAUCAAUAUAAUAAUAAUAAUAAUCAUUAUCAAUCAAUCAAUCAAUCGAUAAAUAAUGGAACAAUUAUCCAAUUAGCUAAUUUAUUAGAUGAAGUUUUAAAUUUAUUUCAAUCACAAUUAAAUAUAAAAGUAAAAAUGAUGAAAUAUACUGAUGAAAAUAAUAAUAAUAAUAAUAAUAAUAAUAAUAAUAAUAAUAAUAAUAAUAAUAAUAAUAAGGGUGGGGAUGAUGAUGAUGAAAGGGGGAUUGAGAAAAAUAUUGAAAAAUUUUUAAUAAAUCAAGAAAAUAUAAAAAAUAAACAUAAUGCCAAUAAUAAUAAUAAUGAUAAUGUUAUUAAUCAUUUAACUGAUAUAAUCCAUGAAACUGUAGCCAAAAAUGAAAAUUUCACAUAUACUAAUCAAUUCAUGAAUUCUAGUACAAGUUCUAAUGAAGAAAAUUAUGAAUAUAUAAAUGAUAAAAAUAAUAAUAAAUCAACAUAUUACGAUUCAAUAAAUAAAAUUUUAAAACAUCCAGAAAUUGAAAAACGAUUUCUUCAUUUAGCAAAUUUAUUACAUCAAAUAUCACAUGAGACUCAAUAAGAUUGAACAUUUAAUACCAUGACGAAUGCAGUACGUUCAAUAUAAUAGUGAUAAUAAAACAAAAGCAUCCAAUUUGGUGAACACAUAAGAAAACAAUGUCCAGUCGAUUUUUUUUUGUAAAUAAAUGAAAGACAACUGAGAGAUCCGUUUAUUUUUUCUUUUGUUAAUCUCAUUUCAUCAUUGUCAUCAUCAUUCUCAUAUAGCUGAUUAUUGGGCAUUCCAUUUGAUCAAAGAUUUGUUUUCUAUCUUAUUGUUGUCUAGACAGUCAAACACAUCCCUAUCCACAUCCAAACACACACACACACCCGCCUAAACCAAGUGUUCCAAACUAAUAGACAACAAUAGAAUAAGUACAGCAAAAAUUGUGAUUUUUUUUUCCUAGACAAAAAUGAUCUAAUCACGAGGGUAUUUGUAUGUUUGAAUCCCUCCUAUUUUUUUUUCCUUGUCAAUCCUCAUUAGUCAUAUGAUUUACAUUAAUUGCCUACAACAAUAUAUAUGUGUAUGUGUGUAUAUACCAUAUACAUGUUAUUAAACAGUUGAAUACUAAUCCCUCUCCCCCCCUCUUACAUAAAAAAAAACAAUGAUAAAAGUGAAUAGUUGUAAACAUAUACCGCCUUUCUUUUUCAACUUGUAUCCUGGAUUAUUUUGACACUAUAUAUAUUGAUUAUUGUUCAUCUGAUUAUCAUUAUUAUUCCUAUGACUUCUGGCUUGUUUUCGUUUUUGUUUUGUUUUAACUCCCAGUCAAUUUUUUUAUUUAUUUUGUUUGUUUAUUACGGAAAAAAUUCAUUCGAAAAAUUCUAUUCAGUUAUAUAAUCUUCAUUUUGUUUUGUGUUUAAUAUUUUCUACUGAUGUUUUAGUUCGAUCCAAAUAAACAUACAUAUUUUUCUCCAUGCUCAAACAGAAUAAAUGAAAUUGCAAAAAAAUAUUUGUCUUGUUUUGUUGCUUUAUGGUGUAGGAGUAGGUUGGA